AUGAGAACCACACUCUUCUUCGCUGCGACAUUGACCGUUGCAUACGCUGCUCCCCAAGGUUGGGACAGUUGGAACAGCCAGGGUGGUCAAGGUCAUGGCAAACCUUCUGGAGGCAACGGCAAUCGGGGUGAUGACAGCAGCAGCAAAACCGCUAGCGAUAACGGCUGGAGCAACUGGGGCGGCGACAAAAAUGGCGAGAAGUCCAACGAUGGAGGAUGGGGGGCAUGGCCAUCGACAACUCCAACUCCUCUACCAUUAGUUAGCACCACACCAGUCCUUUCCACCUCGACAAAGGAGAGCUCUUGGGGCACUUGGGUCUCCACUACGACCACAACCACAACUCCAGUUGUACCAACAACCUCUUCAACUCCAGCUGUUUCAACGACUACUUCAACUCCAGUCAAAGUGACUACGUCGAGCGCUGGCCAUUCGUGGGGAACAUGGGCUACCACAUCUUCAGUGCCAGCUAAAGAGACAACAUCGACGACUACCCCCGCUAUCGUUACCAGCACAAGCAAGUGGUCACCGUGGACCUCAACAGUUUCUGUGCCUUUCGUCUCAACAACCUCUACUACAGUGCCUCCUGUUCCAACGUCUUCCACAACCGUGCCAGCUGUCCCAGCGAGCUCAUCGUCGGUUUGGACCACCUCCAGCGUCCCUUCAGUCACUACUACCUCGGUGGUCCCGCCUCCAGCUCCUCCAGUUCAGACCACUUGGUCUCAAUGGACUUCGAGUGUCCCUUCUGUAAGCACGACCUCAGUGGUGCCUCCACCAGCUCCACCUGCAUCUUCUGCUUCGAGUUUACAGAGCAGCAGCAGCUCAGUUGUACCACCUCCGGCGCCACCAACGACUACACCUCAACCAGUAACAACUUCCGCUACUGCACCGCCUGCACCUCCAGCUACUCCGUCUUCAGUCAGGCCAAGCACAACCACGACAACAGUGCCAAUAUCUACCUUCACAGGUGUUGCCGCACCACUGGCAAUGGACAACAGCCUCUAUGCGGGUCUUGCCCUUGUGUUUGCUGUCGCAGCUCUAUAA